UUUUACAUUAAAAGCCUAAGUAAUAUUCGAUCAGUAGUUGCUAAUCGUAGUGAAAUCCAAGCGCUAACCUAUUCUAAAACUUUUGACGUGCUGUGCUACCAGGAAACGUGGUUAACAACUGAAAAACAAGAUUCUUUAGUGACGGGUCUCAGUAAUCAAUACUCUGUCUUCCGUACGGAUCGUGCUAAAGGGAAACGAGGUGGAGGUGUUUGUAAUGUGGUAAAAGUAGAAAUCCCAUGUGAAACAGUAGUUUCAGAAUCUAAAAUUAACGCUUAUGAAAUUCUCGUAAAUGACCUGAACAUUGACGUAGUUCCCUUUAGAAUCAUAAACAUUUAUCGUGCUCCUUCUUGCACUUAUCAAAAUACUGUUAGACUAAUUAGUAAAAUUGAAGACCUUGUGGAACAUCAAGGCAAAGUUGUAGUUGUGAGAGAUCUUAAUAUUGGAGGUAUCGACUGGAGCUUCAACGACUCUAAAACUAAAUUAGGUUCUUUAUUAGUAGAUCUGUGCAAAAACCAUAAUCUGGAACAAUAUGUCAAAAUGCCAACCCGCAAAUCGAAAAUUCUGGAUGUUGCUCUUUCUAAUUCCGUAAUCAGCAAUUUAAACAUCAUGGCCCCAAUAGGGUCUAGUGACCACAAUACCAUUAAGUUGACGGUACAGCUCUUACAAAAUAUAUCUGUCCCUAAGAAAAUGAUACCAGAUUUUUCGAAACUGGACUGGCCCUGCUGUGCAACAUACUUUGAAAACAUAGAGUGGGGUAAGGUAUUUGAUACCCAUUCCCACGUGAACGAUAUUUAUGAAUGCUUUCUAGGCCACAUUAGAACAAUGUUCUCGCAGGCAGUCCCAACUAUGCCGAUGCCAGAGACUUCAAAACCAGUGCCUCAAUAUUUAAGGUCUUUUGAACAAAUGGUAAAAAACCAAUUCAGCAAAACGAUAAUGUCGAAAACUAUGAAUGAUUUUAUAGAAUACAUUUACCUAGCGAGAAAAUAUAGGAAAAAGUUGCGGAAGUAUCUAAGUAACCUGGAGGUAAAGUUAUUUAAAAAAAAAAGGGCAAUAGUAAGUUUAGUAAACACGCAAAAACUCUUCUGAAACCGCGAAACUGUAGUGUUCCAACCCUGAUAGAUAAUGACGAAAAUGAAAUUGUCUCUGAACUAGACAAAGCAAAUCUUCUAGCAUCCUACUUUGAGGCUCAGUAUACAAAUCAAAAUAACAAGAAUUUUGCUCUAGCCGAUGAUUCUGUAUCAGAUCAACCAAUUCCCUGGGUUACUGAUGCAGAAGUUCUAAAAGUGAUCAUGGCCUCGAAAAAGUCUUGCUCUGUAACAAGCGACCAGGUCCCAUUUACGUUUAUAAAAAUACUAUCGCCUCUCAUCAGUAGCGUUCUGGCCCAGAUUUUCAACUUGAGCAUGAUGAGAGGGCAAGUCCCGCACGCUUGGACUGAAUCCAUUGUAAUACCUCUUGGAAAAAUCACUAACGCUAACAAUCCAACCGACUUCAGACCCAUUAGCUUGACCUCGCACUUGUGCAGAGUUUACGAAAGAUGUAUAUUAGCAAAAAUUGAGUUAUUUCUAGUAGAUAACAAAUUUUGGUCACAAAAUCAACAUGGAUUCCGCCCCAGAAAAUCAACGGUGACUAAUAUGUUAGAAUCUUUGAAUGAUUGGACUAAAAGUAUUGAUCUCGGUGAGCAAAUCGAUAUCAUAUACCUAGACUUUUCCAAGGCUUUCGACCGGCUCCCACAUGACUUACUUUUAGAUAAACUCGUAUCUUUAAGAAUGAACAAAAAUUUACUGAUAUGGUUGAAUGAAUUUCUCUCAAAUAGAAGCUUUAGGGUUAGAAUUGGGCAAACGCUGUCAUCCAGAAAAUUGGCCACCUGUGGCGUCCCACAAGGCGCAGUUCUGUCACCACUUUUGUUUGGUAUCUAUGUUAAUGAUCACCAAUAUUACCCAAAAAAGUAGCAUGUAAACAGUUUGCAGAUGACACGAAAUUGUAUGUAUCGACCCCUAAGACUGAAAGCGAAAACAAUUUACAGUCUGCUCUAGAUGCUGUAGUAGAUUGGACAAGGGGAUCAAAACUCACUCUAAACCAAUCUAAGACAGUUCACGUCACAGUAGGAAAACGUAGAACAGUUUUCAAAUACCACCUAGACGGUUACCCUAUUGAGCGAAAAGCUAUUACCAGAGACCUUGGAUUUUUAAUCUCUGAAAAGCUGGAUUUCUCUGAGCAUUGGAGGAAAUGUAUCAAUCUAGCUAAAUUUCAACUGGCCAACAUGUUCAACCAGUACAGUACCUCCAAUAAGAAACUAAUGAUUCUCUUAUACAAAACUUUCAUCCGCCCUCGUUUAGAAUAUGGAACAGUAGUGUCUUCUCCGACAAAAAAAUCGGAUGAGAAAGCAAUAGAGUCUGUGCAAAACGCGUUCACUUGGCGCCUUUAUAGUAGAAUCAAAAAAAGAUAUAUUAAUCCAACUGAUAAAGAUUACAAAACUGCCAUGGAACGUAACGAACUAUUCGACCUCCAAACCUUAAGCACGAGACGUAAAAUAAUUGACAGAAUCCAAGUAAUCAGAAUGAAUACUGGUAAAGUAGACUUAAAAACAUCUGAGUUUUUUGAGCAACAAGAGACCCACACUCGUUCUAAAAAGAAAUAUGUCUGGCGCACAGGAAAAUCUAAAAUUAGGAGACACUUUUUUGUCAACAGAACACUACCCACAAUGAAGCAACAC